AUGACCUAUCUGGUCAAUCGAUAUGGCAAGAACGAUUCUCUGUACCCAAAUGAUCCGAAAAAACGAGCCAUGGUGGAUCAAAAACUUUACUUCGACAUGGGAACUCUGUAUCGAUCGUUCGCUGAUUAUUACUAUCCGAUCAUAUUCAACGGCAUCACUCCAGAGCAAGUAAAAUAUGAUAAACUGCACGAAGCCUUGUCUCUCUUGAAUAAAUUCCUGGAAGGCGAAAAUUAUGUAGCGGGAAAAACUUUAACUCUCGCUGAUAUUACCUUGGUCGUCUCCGUUUCUAAUUUUCCGCUUGUGGACUAUGAUUUGAGUAAAUAUAGCAACAUUCUGAAAUGGUUUAUUAAGAUCCAAGCCGAAAUUCCUAAUUACAGUGAACUCGAAAGCGUUGGUAUGAAGGCAUUCGCAGACUUCGUCGAACACUAUAAAAAAAAGACGUAA